CCGACACUCGCACCACCUCUCAGCACUCGCCUCGCACACGCUCAAACUUUCCCCCACAACUUCUACUACCUACCACCUCGAAACGCCCAAGAUGCCCAUCACCGUCAUCAAGUCCGAGGACGAGUACCUGCGCGCUAUCAAGGAGUCGGGCAUCACGGCCGUCGAGUUUGUCGCGCCGUGGGACGAGUCGUGCAAGGCCAUCUCGCCCAAGUUCCAGGAGUACUCGGACAACCCGCGCUGGAAGGACAUCCACUUCUACAAGCUCGACAUCUGCGACCAGCAGGACGCCGCCAUGACGGCGCACGUCGACAUGGCCCCGACCUUCCACUUUUACCGCGACGGCGCCAAGAUCAAGGAGUACGUCGGCUCGUCGUACCCGGCCCUCGAGCGCACCAUGGGCGCCCUCGUGAGCGGCCACUAGUGCGCCACGUCCCUCUCGCAAGCUCGCACCCGCAUCGCGCCUCUCUCUCUCUCUGCCUACCCGUCCAGCUGUACACCCUGUGCAGGCCACCUCGUCGUCGAGAGGCGGCUCAAUGCGCGAGGGCAAAAACUCGAGGAGGAGGUCGUCGUCUUUUGUAGCUUUCUCGAGGGUGCAAGUCUGUCCAAGUUUCUCUCCCU